AUGGUAGAACAGCAAGGAGGAAGAACAGCCAACGCUACAUCAAGGAAGAGGAAGGAUCUUACGAUGCGAAACAGGGGAGAAGAACACGCAACGGAACAACACUCUGCACACACCCAUUUGCUGGCUAACAGAGGAAGGAUGAAAGGGUAUGGAGAGAAAUUGAUACUAAGCUUGGUCAAACAUUAUAAUGAUUAUGGAGGAAGACCUCAAUAUGUGCAAUGGGCUAGAGAUGCUGGAACUCCUAUCAACAAUGAUGAUGAUUUUCACACUAACCCUAUUAUUAAGGAUUACUACAAAAAUCAUGUCAAGAAUGUGUUAACAAGGAUCAACACAAUCACUGGAAUAGCUUACAAGGAUGAAGCAACCAUCAUGGCUUGGGAAUUGAUGAAUGAACCACGCUGCCAAGUUGAUUACUCUGGCAACACCGUCACUACAUGGGUUCAGGAGAUGGCUCCGUAUGUGAAAUCCAUUGACAGCAAUCACUUAUUGGGGGUAGGGAUGGAGGGUUUCUAUGAAGACUCAAUUGCAGAUAGGAAACAAUACAAUCCUGGUUACCAAGUUGGAACUGACUUCAUUUCCAGCAAUCAGAUCAAUGAAACUGACUUUACCACCAUUCAUGCGUAUCCUGAUAGUUGGCUAGCAGGGCAAAGUGAAGAUGCACAAAUGGAAUUCAUGCAAAGGUGGAUGACUAGUCAUUGGGAUGACUCAGCAACAAUCUUGAAGAAGCCAAUAGUGUUUUGUGAAUUUGGAAAGUCAAGAAAGGACCCAGGAUAUAGUAUCUCUGCUAGAGAUUCAUUCAUGAAUUCUGUGUAUUCAAGCAUUUGCAAUUUGGCACAAAAGGGAGGAACUUUUGGUGGAGGCUUAGUUUGGCAACUUCUAGAUGAAGGCAUGGACUCACAUGAUGAUGCCUAUGGGAUUGUUUUGUCUAAAGAUGCUUCUACAUGCAACGUUAUAAGUCAGCAAUCUGAUAAAAUGACUGCUCUUGAGCUUCCUUGA